UGCCGGCUCCGAGGAAGGGCCAAUCCACCUGAACUGAGCCAGGAUGGGGACCUCAUUAUCGGAGGCAUUUUCUCCUUCCGCACAGGGCAAGACUAUGUCGUUAACUCAUUUCAGACAAUUCCACAGAUGCGGAAAUGCAAUAACUUUAAUUUUAGAGAAUUCAAAUUUGCUCAGACAAUGAUCUUUGCCAUAAAUGAGAUCAACAGAGAUUCAAACCUCCUUCCUGAUGUUAAGCUUGGCUAUAAGAUCUAUGACAACUGUGGGACUAUGGAUAUACUGAGAGCUGCCAUGUCUCUGGCAAGCGGACAAAGGAGAGAAAUAUAUGAAAACAACUGCACAGAAGGUGACACUGUCCAAGCUAUCCUCGGACAUUCAGGAUCAAGACCAACUAUUUCAUUCGCUCAGAUCGUGGGGAGAUUUCAUAUACCCGUGAUAAGCCACUUUGCCACCUGCGCCUGUCUGAGCGACAGAAAGAAAUACCCAUCCUUCUUCAGGACUAUUCCCAGUGACUACUAUCAGAGCAGAGCCCUGGCAAAGCUGGUAAAACACUUUGGCUGGACCUGGAUAGGGGCAAUAGCUGUUGAUAAUGAGUACGGCCUCAACGGCAUUGCAAAAUUCAUUCAAUCGGCACAAGAAAUCGGCAUUUGCAUUGAAUAUUAUGAAGCUUUUUCUCAGACAUGGCCAGCUCAUAAGCAGAGCAGAGUCAUAGACACCAUAAAGCAAUCCACUUCCAAGGUCCUCGUAGCAUUUAUGUCUCAUCGAGAGAUUAAAGUACUGGCAGCCAAGUUGUACAAGCAGAACAUCACCGGGUUGCAGUGGGUCGGCAGUGAUGCCUGGAUCACAGACCACUCUCUGACUGACAGCGAGGGACACAGCGUUCUGGUGGGAUCCGUGGGCUUCACUGUCAGAAGAGCUCAGAUCCCCGGGCUGAAAGAGCACCUCAGCCAGGUUCACCCGUCCAAGUUCCCCAACAGCCAGUUUGUUAAAGAUUUCUGGGAAGCCGUGUUUGACUGCUCUCUGAACGGGGCCACGAAGACAGCCGUGAGGAAGCCGUGCAGCGGCUCCGAGAGCUUACGAGACGUCGAAUCACAAUUCACCGACGUCUCCGAGCUGAGGUUCACCAACAAUGUGUACAAGUCGGUUUACGCAGUCGCUCACGCCCUUGACGACCUGUUCAAAUGUGAGGAGGGUAACGGCCCCUUCUCCAAUGGGAGCUGUGCUGAUGUUAAACACAUCAAGCCGUGGCAGGUUCUGCAUUAUCUCGGAGCGGUGAAUUUCACCACAGAGGAAGGGGAGAAAGUCUAUUUUGACAGUAGUGGAGACUCGCCGGCAACGUACGAACUUGUCAAUUUACAAAGAACGAAUAAGGGCACCAUGGGAGGUGUCCCGAUUGGUAUCUAUGAUGCGUCUCUUGCUGAGAGCCAUCAGUUUGUACUGAAUGACAUCUCGGCCGUAUGGGGUGGCGGGCUGAGCAAGAUCCCUGUGUCAGUGUGCAGCGAGAGAUGCCACCCGGGAACUCGUAAAGUGCUGCAGAAAGGAAGGCCGGUCUGCUGCUACGACUGUGUACCUUGUGCGUUAGGAGAGAUCAGCAACGUCACAGAUUCAAUUCACUGCAUGAAGUGUCCACUUGAAUACUGGCCCAACAAAUACAGGGACACCUGCAUCCCCAAAGAAAUUGAGUUCCUGGCAUUUGACGAGACCAUGGGAACGCUCCUAGCCAUGUUCUCCUUGCUGGGAGUAUUUCUGACGGUGAUCAUUACGCUGGUCUUCUACUGCCACAAAGAAACCCCACUAGUCCGAGCCAAUAACUCUGAGCUGAGCUUCCUGCUGCUCUUCUCUUUGACUCUGUGCUUCCUUUGCUCUCUGACCUUCAUCGGCCGGCCCUCCAAGUGGUCCUGCAUGCUGAGGCACACGGCGUUUGGCAUCACCUUCGUCCUCUGUAUCUCCUGUGUGCUGGGGAAGACCAUAGUGGUGUUGAUGGCCUUCAGGGCCACACUCCCAGGCAGUAAUGUAAUGAAAUGGUUCGGCCCCGCUCAGCAGAGACUCAGCGUCGUGGCUUUCACUCUCGUCCAGGUCCUCAUUUGUAUCCUCUGGUUGACGAUUAGCCCGCCAUUUCCUUUUAAAAACUUCCAACAUUUCCAAGAGAAAAUCAUCCUCGAAUGUGCGCUAGGCUCAGCUGUUGGGUUCUGGGCGGUUCUGGGCUACAUAGGCCUCUUGGCUAUGUUGUGUUUUGUGCUGGCCUAUCUGGCCCGAACGCUUCCCGAUAACUUCAACGAAGCCAAGUUCAUCACCUUCAGCAUGUUGAUAUUCUGCGCCGUCUGGAUCGCCUUUAUCCCGGCAUAUGUCAGCUCCCCCGGGAAGUUCACCGUCGCUGUGGAGAUAUUUGCCAUCCUGGCCUCCAGUUAUGGACUGCUCUUCUGCAUUUUUCUCCCAAAAUGUUACAUCAUACUACUGAAGCCCGAGCAGAAUACCAAAAAACACAUCAUGGGAAAGACGUCCAAUUCUGAUAUCAGUUACUAA